UAAGAUAAUACUUUUACAUAUGGUAAUAAAAUGUGUUUAGACAUUCUAAGCAUAAUGUGAAAUGAAGCUAGAAACACCAGUUUAUUUUUUUGUUGUUUUUAUGACAGAGUCGUUUCAGAGAGUACCCCAGUAGGCUGUUUCUGUGAUAAUUAGUGUUGAGUCUUCUCAAGGAUGGGAUUCACUAACACUUGUUUCUUGCUGACAGGUCUGUUAAUAUUGAUAAAUGCCAAUAUUCAUUUAGUUUUGUUAAUUUGUGUAAUUCAGAGGUGGUAAUUUGGACUUCUCACAUUUUUGUAUUACUUUCUUAAAUGAGAGAACUUGAAGGAAUUUGUGGGAAUUUGUAGAUUUCUUUGCACUGUAGUUGAAUUUCGCAAAAUCUGUUACAGUUGGUUGUAAUUUCUGUAGAAGCUAUUGAUUUUCUUCCUCAGGUCUUUUUGUGACACUUUCUGGGAACUAACUUUUCCAGUUUGCUUACAAAUUUAAUCAUUAAAGAAACAGCUUAAUUAACAUCUUCGCCAGAAAUUCGGUCCUUGGACCUGGCUUCUCAGCAAUUAGCCCUGAGAGGGAAGAAUCAGCUGGCUCCUGGAAACACACUAAGAGCGCACAGAGCCUCCCCACACCUUCAGAUUUGCACCUUUCUGCCCAGGAGCUUCCUUCAGCCAGCCUUCCUUCCCAGUCCACUAUGGCCAGUUCCAGUAGCAGUGCGGGCAUCCGGUGGUCCAGACAGGAGACACGAACUCUUCUCUCCAUACUAGGCGAGGCAGAGUAUAUUCAGCGCCUCCAGACUGUGCAUCAUAAUGCAGAUGUCUAUCAGGCUGUGUCUAAGCGAAUGCAGCAGGAAGGCUUCCGCCGCACCGAACGUCAGUGCCGCUCCAAGUUUAAAGUUCUGAAGGCAUUAUAUUUAAAGGCGUAUGUUGCCCAUGCCACAAGUAUGGGUGAUCCACCACACUGUCCAUUUUAUGAUACGUUGGAUCAGCUUCUCCGACAUCAGAUAGUGGCUGACCCGGAGAACUUAAUGGAGGAUGCUGCUUGGGCCAAGCACUGUGAUCAGAACUUAGUGGCCUCUGACACCCCAGGGGAAGAGGGAACCAGCAUUCUGAGAGCAAAAAGGACUCAGGCAGCAGAUCAUCAGCCUGUCUUGAAAACAGUUAAGGACUCAGAUGAGGAUUGUCAACUGAGAAUGAGUGACCAGAUGCGAGAAACCAGUGACCUUGAGGACUCCUGGGAUGAAUCCUCGGGUGCAGGGUGCUCUCAAGGGACUCCCAACUACAGCAGCUCCCACCACCUUUUCAGAGGUGCAGUUGCUCCCUGUCAGAGCAGUCCCAUGACCAGACUGGGUGUGUCCGGUGAGCCCAGCCCCUCCACCAGCACCAGCCGAAACACUCCUGGGGUGGCCUCCACACAGCAGCCUCCGGUCUCCUCCUGCAGAGUUCCUUUUGUUUCUGAUGGGGAUAGGCCUUUGACCAGUGAGCCCCCUCCACGGUGGGCAAGGCGAAGAAGGCGGUCAGUGGCCAGGACUAUUGCAGCAGAGUUGGCAGAAAACAGGAGAUUGGCACGAGAACUUUCCAAGCGUGAGGAAGAGAAAUUGGACAGGCUGAUUGCUAUUGGCGAGGAGGCCAGUGCUCAGCAAGAUACUGCCAACGAGCUCCGGAGGGAUGCUGUGAUCGCAGUCAGACGCUUGGCAACAGCAGUGGAAGAGGCCACCGGGGCUUUUCAGCUAGGGCUUGAAAAAUUGCUUCAGAGGUUAAUUUCGAAUACCAAAAGUUAGGAACUGAUUACAAAAGGGUGUAUUUCUUAAACUGGUAGAAGCCCAGUUCCAACAUCUUCCUUCUGGUACCCUGGCUCCUUUUCCAUGUCCUCAGGAAAAAAAGAGUGCACGAACCAUUAACAUGAAGAGUGGUAGGAAUACACGUGCUAGUUGCUUUUCCCAAGCUUCUCUGCUAAUUGAAAGACCUUUCAGAUAUGUGAGAGGUGGCCUAAAAGAAAAUAAAUGGAGCCAAGUCCAGAGAGCUAGUUAGCUGUGGCUUUGUGCCUCACUGAUGUGAGGCAGUUUAGUUUACCUCUCUACAGCAGUUUUCUCAACUGUCAAAUGGGGGCUAGGUAAUAACUCCUGACCUGCUUACCUCACAGGGUUGUUGUGAGGAUGAAGUGGCUACUAGAUGUGAAAAGGUUUAAAAGUUUAAAAGCACUAUACAUGUGUAAGUUAUUAAUGCAUAUGACCUUGGCCGACGUAUGGCUAAGGUGAGGCACAUUAGUUGACAAGAUAUAAAAUUAUGGUUGUACACGUGACCUCAUUGCUUGAAUCCUUACUAGCUUAACUUGACUACUUCCUGGAGUUGAAGAUCUUCAUUUUUUUAAAUCCCUCUAUAGCUCAUUAGACUGAUAGAGACACAACAUGUAUUUGUACCUUUAUCUCACAUUUGCAGUGCUGUGUCUAUGAUAGUACCUACCAGUAAGCACUCAAUAGUCAAAUCAUCUUCCCUCCAUUUUGCUAGUUCUUAGUCUCUUAUCCCUAUAAGGAUAUAAUUCAGAACUGACAGGGAGCUGCAGUUGUGUGUUUUGGUUCAUAUUGGUAAUCUUUGUUUUAAUGAGAUAUGGGCUGUUUUAUAAAAUAUUAAAUGUAAGUAAAUUCUUUACAUUCCAUAUUAUUUGGGUCCCUUUAUAUGCAUAAUUAGAUGUCUAAGUUUGGGUUGCAUUUGAACAUUGUGGAAACAUUUCGGAUUAUAUCAGUUUCCCAAAUGCUUUUAGCUAAUUUCAUUCUUUUCUGUUAGCCUUUUUUCUGUCUAGUAUGUUACAGAGGGCAAGCCCUAGAAAACUUUCCUUCUAGGGAACUUUCCAAGGUCACUUUUUCUCACAUGGUGUACCUAGUUAAUGGCACAUAGUGGAAGAGAACAUCUUUGGGAACAAUUGAGAGUGGUAUGGAGAAAGACUGCCUGCAACAGAUGACUCCUGCUAAGCACAAGCCCUCAACAAAUACACCCCUUUCCCCCCCAAAACACACACACUUCCUUUGGGAGAUAUGAAGGUGUUGAGCCAUAUUUCCAGUUUACUUUAGAAGAGAAGCCAUUACCAGCCAUCAUUAAACUAACUUAAAGCUUUUAGUGGUUUACUCAGUACUUUCAGGAAAUACAAAUAGGAACCUUUGAAUUUAAAAAGCUUUCUUUCAAUCUAGAGGCUGAAAAAAAAAAGCGUGAGCAUGUUGGAAGAGGUUUUGUUUUAUGUUUUGCAGGCUUGGGUGUUUACCUAAAUGCUGGAAAUACAGAUAGAUGGAGAAAUAGUCAAAACAACAGUGGGAACAUACCUGGAACCAUGAGUAGCUGGCAAGCAAGCAAGCUGCUCUGACAAAUGGGUGAUGGAUGUAGGAGGCAGCUGGUGUGGUGGAAUACACUGGAAUCUAGUUAGAACUACUGGGUUCUAAUCCUGUCACAGUUUGUUAACUUGAGGCAAAUCACUUGCCCCUUUUGUGUGUCAAUGCCUUUCUUGAAAAUGAGAGAUUUGUGCUAGAUGACUUUGCUAGUACCUUCCAGUUCUAAAAAAAUUAUAUGAUGGUAGCGUAACAAAAAAAGGCAAAAUGAAAUUUUAAUUGUAGUAUUUUCAGUCAUAGCAUAUAAAUGUAAGUGAAAUACUGGUAAUGAUUGUAUUUUAAGGAGGCAUUCUAUAGAUUAAUAUUUAUUAAUAUACUUAUGAACUUCUAUAAGCACUACACCAGACAUAGAUUCCUUGCUUUAAAGGAGCAUAUAUUAAAGCUUGAAAUGGAGAUUUUUUAUAUAUAUAUAUAUAUAUAUAUAUGCAUUUUCUUAAUUGUUUUAGGCCAUUAUCUGGAGGGAUAUGUGUCAGUUAUAACUGGAUAACACUAAUGUAAAUAGGUAGACUUUCUGGAAAAACAGGCAAGUACUUAAAGGAGAGUUAGACCUGUACUGUAUUAAUCUAUUAAUGGUAGCAAAGUACUGAGGCAGAGAUUUAUUUGAGAUAAGAGAAGUGCUAAAGAACAGAAGUGGAGUCAGACUUUGGAGAUAGCAUUGUAAAAAUCUAAUGGGUGAAGUACCCUUAAUGUGGGAAUAAAACGAAAAGGAAAGGUCUUAAAGAAGUAAAUAAAAAAUAGGCAAAAUAUUGUUAAGAGGAAGGAAGUUGUAAUAAGAGGAGGCUGUAUGAAAGAAAAGCACAGAAAUCCUGCCUGAAUUCUAGGCCCAAUCAUUACUACCUGUCCAUCCUCAGGCAAGUCAUUUCAGCCUUCUGUAACUCAGGUUCCUCACCUAUAAAGUGGGAAACGAGUAACUCUCCUACCUACCUCACAGGACUGUUGUGAGGGUAAGGUGAACAAAUGUUUGUGAAAACGCUUUCAGACAUGGAAGGCCCUAUAAUGUGACAGACAUGGGGAAGAAGACCCUGAGGCAUGUUAGUGCUGUGUGCCAGGUCCGAGAGCCUGCUGACUGUGCAAGAGACAUUUAAAGAGGGAGGAGGAAGAGAAAAUGGCGUUGCUGGUAAAGGUUGUGAUACAAUGGUGGGAUUAACGCUCUGCCUCCUGAAGACCAUGAGGUAAAUGAGGUGCUGUGUAUACCAACCUGCCAUCACCCUUUGUUUUUCUGUUAAGUAAUUUAAUCCUGGUGUGGACAAAUAAAGUUUUUACAUGUA